AAAAAGUCACAAUCAUUAUGCGAUAUCUUUUACCGUAAUCUUGCCGGAAAUUCAUUGGUAGAAAGUUGGUCCUGACUCCACCGACUACAAUGAUGUCUGACAUGAUCUACCCCUAUGAGAACGGGCAUCCCGAUGUUCGACUUGGGGACGACUCCCUUUUCUCUACUGUGGAACCGGCACCCCCCGUGGAAAUCUUCGCCCUCCACAAGGCCUACCAUGAAGAUAAAUCACCCCAGAAAGUUGAUCUCACCAUUGGAGCUUACCGAGACGAGGAGGGUCGUCCUUGGGUGUUGCCAGUGGUCAGACAGGUGGAGGAGGAAAUAACAUCUGGCCAGAACCUAAGCCACGAGUACCUGGGGCAGCUGGGAUUGGAGGAAUUGAGCUCCGCGGCUACCAAGUUGCUACUUGGUAGCGACAACAUUGCCCUCAAACAAGGCAGGGCUUUUGGUGUACAGACAGUUGGAGGUACAGGAGCUUUACGAGUUGGCGCAGAAUUCUUAGUGAAAUGUGCCAAGCUAAAGUCCUUCUAUAUGGCCGAUCCAUGUUGGCCCAGCCAUCAUCUCGUAUUUCCUUAUGCCGGAUUUGCUGUUUGCCGAAUCUAUCGGUACUGGCAUUCCAUGAAGAAAUGCUUGGAUAUAGAAGGCUUGCUUGAAGAUUUAAGAGAUGCACCUCCAGGUUCCGUUGUGAUCCUUCAUGUUUGUGCUCACAACCCAACUGGAAUAGACCCAUCGAAAGACCAAUGGAUGAGAAUUGCUGACGUCAUGCAGGAAAGACGUCUUUUCCCGUUCUUCGACUGCGCUUACCAGGGCAUCGCUUCUGGCGAUCUGGAGAAAGACGCCUGGCCAGUCCGCUACUUCGCUUCCAGAGGUUUCGAACUGCUGUGUGCCCAGUCCUUCUCCAAAAACAUGGGACUCUACAGCGAACGUGUGGGCAACUUGACGCUAGUCUUCAAAGACCCUGAAGUCAUUCCGAACGUCCGCUCUCACAUCACCAUGAUGAUCCGAGGCAACUACUGCAAUCCACCCCGCCACGGAGCCGGCAUUGCCACCAGGAUUCUCAAUGACAACAGACUCAUCGAUGACUGGAAGAAACAACUGAAAACCAUUUCUAUUCGAAUCAAGAGGAUGCGUUGGGCUUUGAGAACCAAACUUCAAGAGUUGGGAACACCCGGAGAUUGGGAUCACAUCACUAGACAGAUUGGAAUGUUCUGUUAUUCAGGACUCACAGAACAGCAAGUGAAAUAUUUAAUCCAGGAAUAUCAUAUUUACCUGCCAACUGCUGGCCGAAUCAACAUUUGCGGCCUCAACGACAAAAACGUGGAAUACGUUGCCAAAGCCAUCAAUGAUGCUGUACUGCUUUUCCCUGCAAAGGAUAUAUAAGAACCAAUGAAAUAACGAAGUUCUGGAAUGAUAUUGACCAAUCGUAUGUUUCCACCCGGAGUGUUAAAGCCAUUCCAUUGAGGUCUGGAUGAUAAGUGUUGUAAAUUCUAAGCAUUCUCAUUUACUGUGUUUUAUUUUAUUACUGCAUAUACCGAGCUGUGAUGUCGAAGACGUUAUUUUUAUUAUAUGUGAGCCUUCGCGAAAGGAAGGUUGUUACAAGAUCUGCACGUCUCGUGACUCACUGUCUGUCAUUUGGAUUAUACGUAAGGUUAACACAUUGCUAUUGCAAUGCAGAUAUUAUUAUUUUAUAUAUUUUUUAAUAAAGAUAUAUAAAAAGUAAA